UACAUCUUCAUCAUCCAUAAUUCGAUUACUUCUAGGCCUAUCAUUUUCUUGAAAAAUCAGUUAGCACAAAUCAAACACAAUGGCACCCCAUGGAGAGACAAUUACCAAAUCUUCCUACGUCCGAACAAAACACCUUAGCAAACCCCCCCGACUCUCCAACGAUAAUUUACAACGUACAAUGUCCGAUAUAUCGUUCGAAUGGAUGAGCAAAGACACAACUAGUCCUGUUGAUUCAAAUCUACCCCCAAUAUCCGAAGUUGAAAACGCAAAAUGCGAGUGCUGUGGAAUGAGUGAAGAAUUCACACACGAAUACAUAGAAAAAGUACGAAAAAAGUAUUCGGGUAAGUGGAUAUGUGGGCUGUGCACUGAAGCAGUGAAAGAAGAAGCGGACAAAAAUGGAGGAAAAAAUGAAGAAGCAUUGAGUACUCAUAUGAGUGCUUGUAGCAAAUUUAAUAAAUUUGGUAGGGCUUAUCCUGUUCUUUAUCAAGCUCAGGCAAUGAGGGAAAUGUUGAAGAAAAGUACUAGAGAAGGAAGAGGGAUUCUUAGAGCCAAAUCUAUUAGUCCAAGGGACAAAAUUGUCCAGAAGAAGGGUACUGGGAUUGCUAGAAGUACUAGCUGCAUUUCUGCCAUUACUAAAGAGAUCAAUGACCUUAAUUAAUUAAUUAACCUAGCUAAUUUAAUUUACUGUUCUAAUUUGUUGUGUAAUAAUGUCUAAUAAUAAGAUUUGGACUAAACCCAUUGUGUCACUCUUCGAGUUUUUUUGGGGUUAGUCCAGGUUCUUAACCUUUUUUUUUCCUCAAGUUAUGAGGGGUUUUAAGGUCACUUUUGUAACUCAAGUGACUGACCAAAUUUUUAUUCAUCGUAUUAGGAUGUUUAAUGUUGGCCUACAAUCAUUGUAUUUUAUAUAUAUUUGAAUUAAUAUUUGUGUAAGAUUUUCAAAAGAUAAUAGGGAUAUAAGUGUUUGAUUUCAGAGUAUAAGAAAGAUAUAUUUCGGAUUCA